GGUUGGCAACACUUUAAUAAACUAUGCAUGUUGAACUUGUGUUGAGGUCUUUCGUGUUUGUUAGUGACAAUAAUUUACUUGAUUAAAAGCUUUGGUUAUGGGGCGUUACGCUAGGAAAAAGAACAAUCGAGGUUAUACUGCUCUUCAUAAAAAGUGUAAGACAAAAAGAAGAAAGAAGGAUCUGGAUGAAAUUCAUAGCGAUAUGAAAAAUGCCGCGAAAAUGUUAAAACAGGAGAUUGAUCACGAUCAAGUUGGAAAUGCCCAAUUUUACUGUCUUCACUGUGCGAGAUAUUUUAUUGACAAUGAAACACUUACCAAGCAUUUUCGUUCAAAAGUGCAUAAAAGAAGGCUGAAAGCUUUAGAAGUAGAACCAUAUUCUCAGGAAGAAGCAGAAGCUGCUGCAGGCAUGGGUAAUUACGUUCAGCUUAAAACAAGAAAAGUGGAAACGCAACCAAAUGUUAAGUCUGAAGCAAUGUGUACUACUUAAAAAAGAUUUAUUGAUUUGUAAAUAAAUACAUUAAUUCUAUUCCUGAUCUAAUUUAAU